AUGGGGAAAAGGGUGAUGUCAACUCCCUCAUUGGGCAAAGUCAUUGAUACCUCUUGUGAAAUCAUCUUGACCUCAGAGGAGAUGAGUUCUCAGUAUAUCAUCAUGUCAUCUCAUGUGGGUGAGUACAGGGAAAUAAGUUGUCUGCCUCACAGACCAAUAAUGUCCCAUUCAGCAUCUGCCAUCACAGACAUACUUUCCAUGAGACUGGCAUCCAGAGACAUGAUCAUGGGGAUCUUUUUCCUGUCCCAGACUGUGCUGGGAAUGGUGGGGAACUCAGCCCUGCUUUGCUCUUUUAUCAUUGCUGACUUCAAUGGGAUAAAGACAAAGCCCACAGACCGAAUUGUCAAACACCUGACCUGGGCCAACAUGAUGGUUGUACUUUGCAAAGGAAUCCCUCAGACAAUGACUGCUUUUGGUCACACAUGUUAUCUAGAUGACAUUACAUGUAAACUUGUCUUUUAUUUGCAUAGAGUUUGCAGGGGAUUUUCUCUUGGUUCCACGUGUCUGUUGAGUGUCUUUCAGGCUAUCACUAUAAGCCCCAGCAAUUCAAAGUCUGCACACCUCAAGGCCAGGAUACCAAAAAUCAUAGGUCCUUCCUUGGUCCUGUGCUGGUCCCUGUGUCUACUUGUACAUAUCUUCAUGAUCAUGACCAUAACUGACAUGAGAAAUAAGGGAAAUCUUACUGAGUUUAGACAAUUGGUGUACUGUUUAUCAGUAAAGUCUUCCAAACAUAUUUAUACAGUAUAUAUAAUCAUAUUGGCCUCCAGUGAUGUCAUGUGUUUGGGACUCAUGAUAUGGACAAGUGGCUCCAUGGUGUUGUUCUUAUUCAAGCAUGAGCAGAGGGUCCAGUAUAUUCACAGAUCCUUGGCUACUAAGUCAUUUCAUGAGAUCAAAGCCACACAAAGUAUUAUUAUCCUUGUGAGCAGUUUUGUAGUUCUUUAUGGGACUUCCUUCAUCUUAAUGAUGUAUUUUUCUUUCCAGGGUGAAACAGAUACAUGGCUGAUCAAUGUCAAUGUGGCCAUGAGUGCAUGCUUCCCAGUACUCUGCCCCUUUCUGCUCACCAGAAACUAUACUAGGGUUUUUAAGCUCUGCAUUACUUAG